UCCUCUCAAAAUCCAGACGCAGCGUCAGACUUUUAUGAACCCCAAAAUGGAAAGCCAAAAUGACAGUUCCAGUGUCGGAUCCAAAACCGGAUCCUCCACCAUCAGAGGCGAGGCACCUCCCGACCGCAAGAUUGCGUUAAUCACCGGCAUCACCGGUCAAGACGGUUCGUACUUGACUGAGUUCCUUCUCGGCAAAGGCUACGAAGUCCAUGGCUUGAUCCGCCGCUCUUCCAACUUCAAUACGCAGCGUAUAAACCACAUCUACAUCGACCCCCAUAACGCCCACAAGGCUCGGAUGAAGCUCCAUUAUGCUGACCUCUCCGACGCUUCCUCGCUUCGUCGUUGGAUCGACACGAUCCGACCCGACGAGGUCUACAACCUGGCUGCUCAAUCCCACGUCGCCGUCUCUUUUGAAAUCCCUGAUUACACCGCUGACGUGGUGGCUACUGGGGCCCUCCGUUUGUUGGAAGCCGUUCGAUCGCAUAUCGCCGACACGGGUCGGAGCCAUAUCAGGUAUUACCAAGCCGGAUCUUCGGAAAUGUUCGGAUCUACUCCUCCGCCACAAUCCGAAGAUUCCCCGUUUCACCCCAGAUCUCCAUACGCGGCUUCGAAAUGCGCUGCGCAUUGGUACACAGUCAAUUAUAGGGAAGCGUACGGGAUUUUCGCCUGUAAUGGAAUUCUGUUCAAUCACGAGUCGCCGAGGAGAGGAGAGAAUUUCGUGACCCGUAAAAUUACUCGGGCCGUUGGCAGGAUCAAGAUUGGGUUGCAAAGCAAGUUGUUUUUGGGGAAUCUGCAAGCUUCUAGGGAUUGGGGUUUUGCUGGGGAUUACGUGGAAGCUAUGUGGAUGAUGCUGCAACAAGAGAAGCCGAAUGAUUAUGUGGUGGCGACCGAGGAGUCGCACACGGUGGAGGAGUUUUUAGAAGCGGCGUUUGGGUAUGUUCAGCUGAACUGGAAAGACCAUGUGGUGAUUGAUAAGAGGUAUUUUAGGCCAGCCGAGGUGGAUAAUUUGAAAGGUGAUUCAAGUAAAGCAAGAAAGGUUCUUGGGUGGAAACCCAAAGUUGGAUUCGAGCAAUUGGUGAAGAUGAUGGUUGAUGAAGAUAUUGAGUUGGCUAAAAGGGAGAAAGUGUUGGUUGAUGCAGGUUACAUGGACGCCCAACAACAGCCUUAAGAGCAUUCCCAAAUUUCCUACCUGCAUUCAUACAGUUGAGUUUAUUUGAUGUUUAAUUUGUUUAUUUGAUUUUGCAAUUAAUUUGCCUUGGUACGAGGGCCUCAGUUAGCCUUCCUUUUAAGUUGCCCAUCCUCCACUUGCAAUGUAUGAACUACUUGAAUUAUACAAGAUGUAGUUAAUUGAAAUUUUUAAUCAGAUUCUACAAAAAUGUUUAA